CACUUCAGAUCUGAUUUCAGCUCUUCACAGUGCAGGUCUACACUGGAAAGUUAUGCAACAUAUUCAAAACAUACCAAAGGACUAAAGUCACGUUUUAUGUUUUUUUUUUUUUCUUUUUGUUGACAUACGUUUCCAUUACGUAUCCAUUAUAUUGCAAUCGUCUGUACUUUGAAGGAGAAAUUCCGGUUUUUAAGGAGUGACCGUGCUGCCCAGUGAACAGGACCACCCUUCUCCUCCCCUGCCGACCGCUCCCGAGCUUCCUGUCCGACAACGUCAUUACGUCACUCUGCAUCCGAACCUAGACCAGUCGCAGCCAUUUUAGUCCGCGAAAUAAACUUCAAUCUCAGAGCUAGACGAAUAAAAAAACUGAAUACUUAGCAUAAUUCCGUUGACGCAAUUUGGAUACCUCGUUGCAGACCACGGCUCGGAUGGAUUCGCUUUUCAAGUCGUCAUAUUUCGGUAAGAGCACAAACCCGGGGCGGCGCUGUCUUGUUUUUAGCAUGUUAGCCCAUGUUAGCUGGAGCGAGCUAACUGGAGAAAAUGUAAGGAGGUUGUUGUUGAGGAGCAUUCGUGAUGUGCAGACCUAGACAGCAGAGCGUGGCUUGAUUCGACUCAAUGGCUUAGUGUGACUCUUCACAGCAACUAGCCAAGACUUCUUUCUCCGUCCCUUGUCUGCUGCUUCCUCAGGUAGCAGGGAGACAUUACACACAGGGACGGUGAUCCGUUGGUUGCCUCAGAGCCUCCCCAACCUCCUGAGGCAGGAUGGAGCCCCAGGCUUCCCAGAGGCAGUUAGGAGCAGAGGGGGAUUGCGAGAUGUCAAAUCUACUGGUGCCCAGUCCCCAGAGCGAGGCUGUGACCCAUGAGAUGGAGGAGCUGUCGCUGCAGCCCACACAGAGCCUGCCUCCGCUCAGUGAACGCAAAAAUGUGCUGCAGCUGAGACUCCAGCAGAGGCGAACCCGGGAGCAGCUGGUGGACCAGGGCAUUAUGCCACCUUUGAAGAGUCCGGCAGCUUUCCACGGGCAGAUUCGCAGCUUGGAGAGGGCCCGGACUGAGAAUUUUCUCAAACAUAAGAUCCGCAGUCGUCCAGAAAGAGCAGAGCUGGUCAGGAUGCACAUCCUGCAAGAGACCGGAGCAGAACCUUCACUACAGGCCACUCAGAUGAAGCUGAAGAGAGCCCGACUAGCAGACAACCUCAACGAGAAGAUCGCCCAGCGACCAGGCCCAAUGGAGCUGGUGGAGAAAAACAUUUUGCCGGUGGAUUCCAGCGUUAAACAAGCCAUCAUCGUGGGCCAGGUGAAUUAUCCAAAGGUUCUCGAGGAAGACAGCAACGACGCUUUGUCCCCGGAGCAACCGGCCAGCCAGGAGUCCCAGAGCUCUGCGCCCUCACCGGUGGAGAGCAGAGCACCAGAGACGCCCUCUCCAGUAGCACUGCCCAGCACCAUCCUGCAGCCCGUCCCAAAAACAGACUUCAUGAAAGUAAUCGCCACCAAUGAGCCGCCUGCCAGCCACCCAGCUGUCACACUCACUCAUCCAGUCGCUACAGUUGUACCUCCAAAACCAGCCCCAACACUGGUGAAACAAAGUCAGCAGAAAGCUCCCUCAGAGAAGAGUCGCAGUAAGAAGGGCAAGGAGCCGAAGCCGAGGGUGAAAAAGCUUAAGUACCACCAGUAUGUUCCCCCAGACCAGAAGCAGGAGGCCAGCGAAGCACCUAUGGACUCCUCAUACGCCCGGUUACUGCAGCAACAGCAGCUGUUUCUCCAGCUGCAGAUCCUCAGCCAGCAGCAGCAGCAUUACAACUACCAAACUAUAUUACCAGCACCGCUCAAACCUGUGGCAGAGGGUCAGAAUAACGGUGGGAGUACACUGCCAACUUCUAUUGUGGUGUCUUUGCCCACUGCACCUCCCCCUGCUGCUCUGCCUUCAGCAAUGGCCCGGCCAAACAACUCGCUGUCCAACCGCAAACCCGGUGUCCUGCCUGCCAACCUGGAAGAGAUGAAGGUGGCCGAGCUGAAACUAGAGCUGAAGCUUCGUGGCCUCCCAGUGUCGGGAACAAAGACGGAUCUGAUAGAAAGACUGAAGCCUUUCCAGGACAAUCCCAGCACCACUGCUGCUGCCAGCAUACCCACUCCUGCCACUACUACCCUAUCUGCCAUCCCCAUGGAGGUUACCACAACUACCACACCUGCUGUAGUCCCAGUCCAGCAGGUGGCUCCAGAGAGCAUGAGCUCUACGCCGCCUGUUUCACCUGUUCCUUUUGAUCUCUCCGCCCUCCAGCAGGAUGUAGGGAUGUCUGAGGGUCUGUCUGAAAUUCAAAUGCUGACCUCGUUAGGGCCACAGUCCUCACAGUCUUUCAAAGUCCCAGAGGAAAAGGACAGAAGGCUCCACGAGAAGGAGCGGCAGAUAGAAGAGCUGAUGAGGAAGCUGGAGCAGGAGCAGAAGCUGGUGGAGGUGCUGAAGAUGCAACUGGAAGUGGAGAAGAGAGGUCAGGGUGACUCUGCCUCUAUGUCCCCCAAGAUCGCUCCAGGAGCUGCUGUGAAUUCUGUUCCUCCUGUCCUCAACUCUAACCUGGUGAAAGUCGAAGGUGCAGUCCUGUCAAAUUGUUCAUCGACUGCUGCUAUCCCAAGCUCAAUCCUGGGUUCACAGGCACUCUCAGCACCCGUGGCAGGAGUGGUGAAGUUGGAGGAUGUGACCGUUUCUUCUGGCAAGCCGCUGCAGACCCAAACCAAGCUCAUCACACAAAUCCAGGCCCCAGGUCAGCCUCAAGUAACCAGCAGCCCACAGCUCCUCUCGCAGUCCCAGAAAAGUCCCAAACUGCGAGCCCAGCCACAGUCCCAGCCUACACCCCCCAGCCUGCAGCAGUUCUUCAUCAGCCACUCGGGUGGUGUUUCCCAGGUGUUGGGUCAGCCUCAGACUUUGUUGACAGCAACUGGCCAAGCUGGAACACAGAUCCUCCUUCCAGUGUCACUGCCCAACAACGCUGCUGCAAUCCAGCUGCCAAGCACCACCGUCAGCCUGCAGCCUGUUCUCCAGGCCACAGUCUCAAACCCAGGCCUGGUCCAUUCCUCAGUCCCUCAGCUGCAGACCACCAAGGUGGAGAUGGCACCCAGCCAGCAGCCGCUGCUACAAACUCUGACUAUGUGCAAUAACACUGCUGGCUUGGAGAACCAGAGUAGACCUGAGAUGAAUCCCCAGUGCUUUUUGAGAAGCUCCCCAGAGAAUAAGCUCUCUCCACGAGCAUCACCCAACCAUCGAAUCUCCAACGGGCCCCUCAAUAAGCCUUCCUCUCCUCAGCCCACCUUCAUCUUCCAGCCCACCUCCCUGGUUCCCCAGCCUCCUAAGACCAGAGAGCCUCCCCGCUAUGAGGAGGCCAUCAAACAGAGCCGCAGUCUUCACAUCAACAACGUUUCACAGGUUCCCACAGCAACCAGCCAGCAAAUGGACGACCUGUUUGACAUCCUUAUAGAGAGCGGAGAAAUCACUCCAUUUAUCCAUCAGAACUCACCGGUGUCUCACCCCAAGACUCUCCCUGUCACAGCCAGCAUCACCACCCUUCCAGUCAACACCGUCCUGUCCAGACCGCCCCCGCAGGUCCAGGUAGCCCCUCCUUCCAUGCUUGUGAACCCGUGCUUGCCCGGUCUAUCGUCCCUGGCCACAGACAAUCAGCUGGAAGCCUUUCUAGAGGGGACGCUGGCCGAGACGCCGUCUGCGUCAGACCCUCGCACGCAGGGCCUGAUGGAGGAGCUGCAGGCCCAGCUCAUGGACCAGCAGCCCUUCUCACCCAUGGACACGUCAGAGCUGUCUUUCUGCGAUUCCUCCUCGCCCUCAUCCUCACUCAACAUGGGCCUGUCAGACCCGGCCCUGGACAACAUGGAGUGGCUGGACCUCACCAUGCCGCCGGGUCCUGGCGGGAUGCUGACACCACUGGGGAUCCCAACGGACUUCCUGGAUACACAUGACCUGCACUGGGACUGAUGGAGGCUUUGAUGAUGAAGAUGGAGAAGUGUGAAAGAUGGAUGGAUGGAUGGAUGGAUGAAGGGAAAGCUUCAGAGAUUUUAAAUAAAAAAGAAUAGUAAUAAUAAUACAUAAAAGGAGAAAACAUGGCCUUUAAGUGCCAUACCACUCUUACCAGUACAUCCAUACCAUCUGUAAUAUUCCCACUACUCUAGAGGAAGAGAGGCUGACCCGAGCAGAACUACAAGCAGGAGUUUGCACAGCUUUAGGAGAGAGUCCCGUAACGGCUCGGCGGCCUGGAAAACGUCCGCCGAAAGGUGACUGCGGUCACGCUGCGCUGCAAUAAAGGGAUUUUUAAUCAGAAUAGACUUUUUAGUGUCUGAUGUCAUGAUUUUAGCAAUCAUAAACAGAGCCAAGGAGACGGAGCCAAAUGCUGAAUGGAAGAACAGACUGUUUGUAAAUAGAGUUUAAACCACACUAAGAAAACUGAGCUGAGGGGAUCAUUUCUAGUAGAGGUAGAGGAAAACUGCAUCUGUUUUACUCAUCGUGAUAGAUCAACGUGUCAGACAGUUCCUGAAGGUCUGAUAUGAAUUACACUCGUGAGUGCUGUCACAUGCUAGGUUAGAAAAGCUGGUGAUUACAACAUGACUGGAGGCUCAGACUAAAAGGAGACUUGAGUCUCUAUAACGACGCACCCGAUGCUAAGCCCGGGGUUAUACACUCGGCUAGCUGCCAGACUGAGGUGUGAAGGAAUGUCUGAAUGAAGUCGAGCCUCUGUUCGCACUGGUCCGUGAUUUGUUUGUAACAGAUGUGACUGUUUUCUCCUGACCUACCGUUGACUCCCAUCAGUCAAGCUGAUCAACCAAUGACUCUAAAGAACAACACGACGACGAGAGGAGGAGGCGGCGGCUCCUCCCAUCGACGUGAGAGCUAUGCACUAAAGAGGCGCACAAAUCUGACGACGCACCUCGCUGACCUCAGAACAAGGAAAUGUGAACACUGCAUAUCCAAGGCGAUCGUCACGACUGUGACAUAAGAUCACGUUGCCACUGGCUGCACAGAUACUGCAGUUGUCCAAGUCGCGAAUUGUGAAUGUACUUUUAAAAAGUGGGACUUAACUCUAAAAAAAAGUUGGCAGCUUUUUUUUUUUCCUUCUUCUUCUGAUUAGCGAAACAGGAAAGGGAACAAGUAUCAAUUUGCAGACACACAUCUGUAAUAGGUGUGCUGCCAGUUAUCGGAAGACGUCUUUGAGCUUUAAAUCUGGGUGUCCCGCAGUAUGCCUGCACUUUGUGUGUGCGAGACAGGAGAGGAAAUUGCUCUAGUUUUUAAAAAAGAGAUGGGUUGCUUUGGUUCACAAGCCUUUUCAAUACGGGAUCGACUGCUGAUUGGAGGAAUCGGAAUACUCUAAAAUCAUACUCCGCUGGUUUAAGGGCGAUACAUCAGCUGCUGUGGCUUGUACACAAAGUCAGUUUCCGGGCAGUGUGUGAGAGAAGCAUGCCCCUCUGUGUGUGUGUGUGUGUGUGUGUGUGACUGUGUUUGUUUGUCCUUGUCUUUCCGUCUCUUGCAUGUACAGCCGUGUCUCCGUGUGCAUGAUCGUACUCGUGUUUGGUCUCUGGCUGCUUCAAACUCUGCUGCCGCCCUGAAGUUGUCUAAAGGAAUUUACAAAACAUCUCCCAACUCCAAUCAUUUGCAACCUGCUUUGCAUAUUCCAAAUUUGUCUCUUUGUAAGGCUCCCGAUGACUGUUUUACUGUUUUUUCUUGUAUCUGUGUCGUUCCUUCGGAGUAAAGUUUUU